UCGACUGCCAUCAUGGAUCCCUCUCAAGAAGCCAAAUUCCCUCUUCACGAGGCUGCCCGGGAAGGCAAAACUCCAACCGCCGAAUCCCUACUGAGUGCCAACCCCAAACUCGCGACCGUGAAAGACGAUGAUGAGCGGCUUCCCAUACACUGGGCGGUAGCAUACAACCGCCUCCCCAUCGUGGAGCUCCUGCUAUCAGCCAAGAACUUCGAUCCCGAUGUCGAGGAUGGCUCCGGCUGGACACCCCUCAUGAUUGCAUCAAGCCUGAAGAACGCCGAGGGCGACCCGAUCAUCGACAUGCUCCUCAAAAAAGGCGCCGACGUAAGCACGAAAAGUGUCACCGGCCAGAACGCCCUCCACUUCGCAACCUCCAAAGCCAACCUCUCCACCGUCCGCACCCUCAUCGCCAACAAGUGCAGCGCCCGCGUCAAGGAUAAGCGUGGCCAGCUGGCUCUACAUCGGGCUGCCGCGAUCGGGUCCACGCCAAUCAUCAAGGUCCUUCUGGAGGAUGGGAAAAGUCCCAUCAACGCGACGGAUAUCGACGGCUUGACGGCGUUGCAUCAUGCGGUGUCGGAGGGACAUGGAGAUGCGGCGAUUACGUUGCUCAAGGCUGGGGCGGAGGCAGAUAAGAGGGACUCGAAUGGGGUGUUGGCGAUGGAUAUGGCACCUGAUAGUAAGGUGCGGAGCUAUAUCCUGCAGACAGCGGAGAGGGAAGGAAUUGAGUUGUAGGGUGGACUGCAGACCGAAUCGAGUAUGUGUAGGGGAUAGGAGAGAAGAACGCGACAAGGAUACCCGGAGUCUCUCCAGGCUCGAUCUAUGACUGUUUCAAUAUCUGUUCCAGUAAUUAACGGAUUUAUGCAUGGUAUUACUUUUGAAAGGACAUGGAUCACAUCACGUCGUCUAAAUCGGAAUCUAGCCCGAACAAAUACUAUGUACAAGCAGGAACAACAGGUCUACCGU